GUUUUGUUUAAUACCUGUUUAAAAUGACGGAAAUAUUAUUCACAGAAGAAGAUUUAAAAUUUUAUCUGUAUGGAAAACAACACAGUGAUUAUAACUCCAAUUGUUCAGCCUUUCGGUCUCCAUUAGUUCCGCGCCAGGUCUGUAUCCGGAGAUCCACUAUUCCUGGAGCGUCCUAUGGAGUGUUCUCCAAGGUUUGGAUCCGCCGUGGGACGGAGAUGGGUCCGUAUUCCGGGAGAAUGUGUGGGGCAAAGGACGUAAAGGAACACAGUAACACUUGGGAGGUGUUUGACGAUCGGGGUGAGGUGAUUUACUUUUUGGACGGGGGGUCGGACUCCCACCCUACCAGCUGGCUCUCCUGUGUCCAGUGUGCAAGGACUGACAGAGAACAGAAUCUAGAGAUCACACAGACAAACACACACAUAUUCUACCGAGCUAUCAAGGAUAUUCCUCCCGAGGAAGAGCUGUUGGUAUGGUAUGGACAGAACAGUGUGUAUCACAUGGGUCUUCCUCUGACGUCACAUAACACAGGUGAAGUCGACAGAAACAAAGUCCCUCUACCUUGUCAACCGAGCGCUGCUGAUCACGUGGACAAACUUCGGUGUGUUCUUUGUAGACGUGCUUUUAACUCUCGGAGCAACCUGCGUUCGCACAUGCGCAUACACACUAUGGAAAAACCAUUCUCUUGCAAAUUUUGCAACAAAUGUUUUAGCCAAUCAUCAACCUUAAGAAAUCAUGUCCGAUUACACACAGGGGAGCGUCCAUACAAGUGUUUUGUUUGCAGAAGUAGUUAUUCACAGUUGGCGGGUCUGAGAGCUCAUCAGAGGAGUGCGCGACACAAACCAAUGGUGACAUCCAAACAGACUGGCCACCAGUAGUAAUGAUAGUGAUAGACUUAUAGUUUUGUCUUGUGAACUAAAGGUUGCAGUGUUGUCAAUUCGAAGAAAACUACAACAGCCAACAGUCCAAUGUUUUGUUAACCAUGUGGAUAUUAAUUAAAAACAUUUCUGUUCCAUAAUACGUUGCUCUAGAUGUGUACAAGUUAUUGUUUUGACUUUUGUUCAAAUUAUGUGAAAUACCACUGGGUGUAUCAUAUGUGGCAAGUCAAGUGAUUAUUACUGAAAAUGGUUGGGGAAAGAAUUGGUGUUGUUAUCUCUGAAUUUGGGAUUCCUUGUUUGCCUU